UCAAAUAAAAAUAUAUUUUAUUACUCUCAUCAUUAUAUGAUUUUCAUAAUGUGUUAUAAUAAAAUCUUAAGAUCUAAAAUCUGAAACAUACACGCGCUAGCAUCCUUUUCUGUUCCAAUUACAUUCUUCGUUGGUGAUGAUUUAAUAAAAUGUAUUUUAUUUCUGAAGGCUGUUCUUAAAAUUAGAAAGAAAAUAAGGAAAUAAAUAAAUACGAAUAUUAAUUGCUAAGGUGGGUUGAGACGUCACAACUUCUGCGAAGUUCUCAAGACUCGCGGAGUUAUGGCUUCGUGAUAAUAUUAAUCUUCUAUCUUAUCGGUUGCUGCUCUCAACGUUGACCUAGGAGCCUCAUAACCUUAAAAGUUACAGUUUUUACGUUGUCAGUAUUUAGUUAUCUGUCACGAAAGAGAGUCGUUGAGAGAAUUUACAGCCGCCUGAACUGAGGGCAACAUGAACUGGGUCGGAGGGUCUAGGAGCAGGUAUAUGAAAAACAACGAAGACACAAUAAAGCAGAAAGCGUUUUUUCAAAAGCAAAGGAUGAAAAGAAAUUUGAAAAAGACGGACCCAUCCAAAGAAUACAACCCUGAAAAUAUGGAUCUUCUGACAUUAUUCAUAGUCAACCAGAUUGCAUCAAAGAAAGAGCAAACAGAAAAAACAGACAAACCAAAACCAGACCGUUUGACUCGUGUGAAAAGAACCAAAAAAGCUUUGAAAGAACCCUUGGAGUUACCAGUGAGCCCUUGCGCUCCUUCAAACCUGAACCUAGUUACCAGUCAGCCACAGUACAGUAUUAAUACACCUGGUUAUAAAGUCAGAAAACAUCGCCUUUCUGAAGAAUUCAAGUUCAAGCCGCUGUCUCCUUUGCUUGAAUCGAACCUGUCUGAUGCCAGUGGCUCCGAAAAUCAACCGCAACCAUCCUCAACGUCUGCUGGCUCCGAAAAUCCAAUCCAGCCUAAACCUGCAACACACGUACCCUCCUCCCUGCCAACUCUGGAAACUCUUAAAAAUAAGAAGAAUACUCCUCAGUUUGAGUCAUUCUCUCAACCAGCAAAACUGGCUAAUCUAUGGCCAAAUGAAGCUCCCAUGCAAGAUGUGUCGCACAACAGCUCUGUGGCUGGAAAUCUGUUUCAGAGCACAUUACCAAACCCAGAGAAGGCAGAGCAUUCAGAGACCUCCAUUUUAUAUUCAUUCAACUCUUUAAAGAGCCGAGAAGAACCAGAGGAGCCAAUGUUCAUAGAUUUCAGCAACUUAGAUUGUAAAGUGCUCGCAUCAAUUAAUUCCUGUGACAGAUCACAAAACAUGGACAGUGAUGGCCACCUCUCAACACAGGAAUUUGUGUGUACUAAAGGCAACACAUCAGGUGAUGAUGGUAGCAGUGUCUUUGUGCAUGUUGGAGUUCAUCUCAGCUCAGAUGACAAAGAAAAAAAUGACCAGUCUGCCUGUUUAAAGAAACAGCUAUGCCAUACUGAAGAUAGUGUCAAGGCAAAGCACUGUUCCUUAUUGAAGGACAGUUUAACAGAAACACCUUCACAAGCUCCAUCGAGCAAACAAAAGGCAAAAUCCAACCAUGGUUGUGAGACAGAAGCACAAAGGCAUGAUGGCAAUCCCCCAACAACCUUGGAAACAGGGACACAAACAGGAGCUUUAUCUUACCGAGAUGUCUCAGUUCAGUGCUCACUUAUUCAUCACAGCAAUUCUAUUUUCUCUGCUGUUGAUCAGAAAGCCAACGCCUUUACCACAAGGUGGCAGUGUUAUAACUGUAAUCAGUUGCUCAAUCCAGCUACACAUUCUUCUUCAAAACAUGGGCACAAAAGAACAGGAAAUAUGCCCUCAGCAACAAACCAGCAGGCACAGAGACAUUCAAAAUCGCAAUUAGGUUUCUCCUUCCUCAAACUUUAUGGUCAGAAGAACCUGAGAUCUGAAAGAGAUCUGACGUCAGUUUUGAAACAUCCUUUCUGCACACCCUCAGAACAGCAAAAAGAGCAGUGGUGGGAAAGCAGGGAGAAAAUAGAAAAGUGUGACUACCCUCGGUUGGGAAGUGUGAUGCGAAACCCUGUCAAGGAUGUCAGGCGUGCAGGAGAAUCUGUGAAAGAGAUGAAGAGAUGAAGAACUUCACGGCAGAGAAAGGUGCGAACUGGGUCUCUACAGAGACGAAAAAAAAAUUCAAGAAGUUGCUGAUGUUAAGUCAGAGAAAGGUUUAGACAGUAAGCAGAAUUACAUUUUGAAAAAAUGGAUUGUUACCUCAGUUCAGAUGUAAUAUAUCUUUAUUAUUAUCUCCAAGUACAUGUUCAAGUUUUCAAAGUUCAUAUAUUUAGUUUUAUAGAAUAUAAAUCUAGCAAAACAUUUACAGCAACAGUAAUCAAAUACUGUACAACACAACAUUUGUCCUCACUAGUUUCCAUCAACAGUAUAAACGCUGCAUUUGUUUCACAUACAAAAAAGCAAAUAAAAUACAUCCAUACACUUAAAC